CACUGCAAAAACACAAUCUGAAAAGUUUUUCAGUCUGAUUUCUGUUGCAAACAUCUCAGUACACUUAGAAUAAAACAGUUUAUAAAUAAACUAAAAAAAUGUCCCUUAGGGUUUUCCAAGUUAUAAGUGAAAUAAUAAAGGAAUAACUGAAUUUCAUCURCUAAAGACUUACUUGGAAGUUAGUUUGUCUCAUUUCAAAUGUACUCAGAUAUUCACACUAGAAACUAAACUCAAUACUUGGUAAGAUUUUGUGUUUUUGCAGUGCAGGAACAACUAACAAAAUGCUUAAUCAGCRUUCUGAGACAGAGGAGAUCAAAUGUGACGAUGUCUGUGGAGGCAACAUCAGCAGACAAACACUGAUAUUAAACAAGUUUAAUACAUUUUAAAAAUGUCACCACAUGUGUAAAACCUGAAACCACCACAAAAUAAAACCAAAAACAUUUAGACACGUAAAUAAACAGCUGUAAAAACAUGAAUAAUUAUUAAACUUAAAUAAAUUCCCAUUAGCAGCAGAUCUUCACCUGGUGUCUGCRUGAAAACAUGAACAUCAAGCUGAGCUGAUGCUGGGGGUCCGGGCCCCUCACGGCCCCCUCCGUCUGCAGGCCUGGCUUCUCCAGAUCCGGAAGCUGAGCCAGAGGUCAGAGGUCAGGGCGUGUCAACCUCCGGCUGCUUUAGGGAAGCGAUGCCUGCAGAACGCUUCCUUCCUCUGCAAUCUGUUCUGCUGAAAACGAGAAGCUGUGGAGAUUCUGUGGAAGGAGAAACUCUGGCCGCACAGCGGGCGAGAGAGGGAGGGAGAGAGAGACGUUACAAAACCACAAACUGCUGAGCAGACGGUUCCUGCCGGGAGGRGGAGGAGCCGCAGGAGGUUCUGCAGGUUCUGGACUCGGCCGGGUGGAUUCCUCCAGAGACGGACCGAAGAGACGCUUCAUCUCGCUCAGCUCCAGGUGUUCAACAGCUCCACAAACUGAAGACAGCAGAGCGUCUCCGCCAUGUUCAACAGCUUCAGGGACAAGGACAUGGACACCUGCACCCUCUGGGUCAAAGAGAGUCCUCCUGGCUCUGUCUCCGGCCUCUUCAGGUUCCGGCGCUGGUUGUUUCCUGCUCUGAUGGUUGCCGUGGUGUUUGUGUGCGUGUGUGUGUGUGCGCGCCCAGACACGAAGACGUCCAGCCGGCUGUGGACUGCAGAGGAGGACAUGUCCAUCCUGGCCGACAGGAUGGAGUCCCUGAACGCAUCGCUGCAGCAGAGUCACGAGUCCAUUAAAGACCUUCAACACCUGCGGGGGUCCAUUCAGGACAACAAGGACCGGCUGGCCUCAGUCUCUGCAGCCCUGCAGCAGCUGGCGGUUCUGGACUCUCUCAGCCGGACCAUGGACGGGCUGAAAUGUUCCCUGGAGCAGAUCGCCAGCAACAGCUCAUCAACGGGACCGUGUUGCCCCCCGGACUGGACCCGGUUCGGAUCGGACUGCUACUUCUUCAGCCAGCAGCAGCUGAACUGGAACCAGUCCCAGAGCUGGUGUGAGAGGAAGAGCGCUCACCUGGUGAUCCUGCACAGCGACCAGGAGUGGGACUUUGUGACCAAGAAGUCGGUUCCUCUCCUGUACUGGGUCGGCUUGACUGAUUGGAGGACGGGGAGGUGGGAGUGGGUGAACCAGACCCCCUACAGCAUAGAGCGCAGGCGGUGGGUCCCCGGCCAGCCCGACGCCUGGACCGGUCACGGUAUGGGUCCUGAAGAUGAAGACUGCGCUCAUCUCCAUAGCAACGGGCGUCUUAACGACAUCCACUGCAGCACCGGGCUGCGCUUCAUCUGCCAGAGACGCAGCAUCAACACCUGAAGACACCUGGACACAGGCUCCGCCCACAACCCGCCACCCUGAGAGACCAGUUAGAGACUCAGACACCUGAUGAUGAUGAUGAUGAUGAUGAUGAUGGGGCAUUAAAGGAACAUCUGGAAACUUCAGCUCCUCUCAGUCUCCUCCUUCUUCUGUUUGUGUUUAGUCAGUUUUCCCAGCAGCCACUGAUGUUUCACCGCACACAUACACACACACACACA